AUGGCAUCUCGAUCAGCCACCAAUCUCGACCACCUCCCGACCGAGAUCCUUGAACAGAUUCUUUUCUCCAUCACUGAUCUCCGAUCGAUUUACCACCUCGUCACGGCUAGCCCGACUGCAUCUCGCGUCUUCGAGUCCUCCGAAGUGGGACCCAAAGCUCUCGAUCAUGCCCUUGCCGCGUCGAUGUCACCCCAUGUGGUCGAGCUGGUCCGCCGCGUCGGUCUGGUCCGCACCGUAACCCCGGAAAAUUCACUGGCAUCGUCGCUCCGGGACUUUGCCGAGAGGUACACCCAGUGCCAAGGCGGCAAGGACUCGUCUCUCAACUUGGCUGCCCCGAGUCUCGCGCGCUCGCUCCGCGGCCAACCUCCUCAGCUCGUCCGGGGCAUCCUCUUGACCGCGCGACGCAUCUGCUGCCUGGCGUGGGCCUGUCUCGAACACUACCGCGGCCAGUGGUCCUCUGUGACCCCAGCCCACCUCGAACGCGGCUUCGCUUGGGGUGCUGGUGGUGAGAAGCCAUGGCGCCAGGUACCCCCUCCUGGGAAGCCGUACAAGCUACAGCCUGUCGGUCCACCUUGCUGGAUGGAGGAGCAACGCGUGAUGCGCGGGUUCUGGAGGUUGCAGCUGCUGAUCGACCUGAAGCUUGCAGUUUCUGAAGGCCGCGUGGACUGGGCCCUGGAGGACAGCCAACGAGAGAUGUCUCCCGAGAUUCUCUUUGCGGGCUGGACCUGGCAAAAAGAGGAGUUCCUCACCGUUGUUGACUUCGUUGAUCGUGUCCAGGGCGGUCCUGUUCUGACGCAAGGCUCUCAGCGUCUCCAGGCCCCCCCUCCAGGCUGCAAGUCUGCAAAGAAGUGGCAAGACCCGGCUUUGCCAGGGGUGGUUGACCCCAGAUGGUCACGAGAGGAAAUAUCAAAGGGACGGCCACCGUGCUGGACGUUCUACAUAGUCAGGCUCUUGAGGAAUCCGUUUUCACCCAUCCGCGGAGUUCCUUUCUGGCCGUACCGUCAGCUAGGACUAGUUAUCUGGGAUGAAGACAAGCUAGAGGCGCUAGAACUAUCGUACAAGCCGUAUGCCUCCAGAGGAAGUAAGCUUCCCACAAGUUCAAGCGACCAAGUCUUCACCUGGAGAAGCCUCUUGAGCCAAGAGCUCAUAGCCGAACUCCAGAGGAACAUGGAAGAGAACUUCCAGAAGAACGGGUUUCGAUUCAUGCCAAGCGAUAAUCCCGAUAUGUGA